AUUUAAACAUAAGAUCAUGCAAGUGUUCAAUACUAAAGAAAAUCAAGAACAAAAAAGAAUCAGACAUUGAUUAAAAAUGGAGAUAAUGAAUAAGUUUAUGAUGAUGAUCAUAAUAUUGUUAUCUGGAUUAAUUGUGCAACAAGCUUUGGCUCAGAACAGGAACUGUAUAAACAGUUUGUUUCCAUGUAUGAAUUUUCUGAAUGGAUCAAGAGGGGAUCCACCAGAAAGUUGUUGCAAUCCAUUAAAGGAUAUGAUACAUAACAUGCCUGAAUGUUUGUGUCAAAUGGUAAGUAUUAAAGGGAGCAAUGUAGCUGAGCAAUCUGGGAUUAACAUGAAUGAGGCUCAAAUGUUGCCUGCUAAAUGUGGACAGCCUGUUAAUUACAUGGGAUGUCUUAAAGGAGCAUCUAAUUCAGAUUCAAAUUCAGCUGGCUAUUCAAUACGGACUUCAAGCAUGACAAUAUUGAUGGCUGUUGCUUCUCUGAUUUUUGCUCAAGUUUUAUGAACUACAGAAAUACAGACUUAAAGUUUGUGCUUUUCGUGCUGGGCUCCGUUGAUAUUCAUCAUUAUAUUUUAAGCAACUUUUUUGGAGUUAAUUGUUGAAUAUUUAGUUAAUAUAAAUUUUAUUUACUUUG